GAGUUUCGGGCGGAGUCGAGGAGAAACGGUUUAUAUUAGGGUGCCUUCCAGCGGACCAAGCUGGGUUCCUGCUCUGCCUAGGGUCGGUAUUUGGUUACCACACGGAGGGAGUCUGCCGAAGAACGACUAAAGGAACACUUUAACGGGAAAUAAAUAUGCCUUCAAAACAAGACGAUGGCGGAUGGAAGAAGUUUGUGUGGGAUUCGGAGAAAGGAGAGCUGCUCGGUCGGACCGGAGGCAGUUGGUUCAAAAUAGUUUCCUUCUAUGUCGUCUUCUAUGGCUGCCUGGCUGGGAUCUUCAUCGGAACCAUCCAAGCCUUGCUGCUCACGCUGAGCAACUACAAACCCACCUGGCAGGACAGAGUCUCACCCCCUGGCCUUUCACACACCCCACGCUCAUUCAAAUCUGAAGUGUCCUACAACCUCAACGACAUGGAGACGUACCUGCCUUACACCAAGGCCUUGAGGGAGUUCAUGGCCAAGUAUGACGAGGAACUCCAGAGGGACCAGAUGAAGUUCGAGGAAUGUGGAGACGAGCCUGCAGAGUACAAGAACAGGGGCGACUUGGAGAGCGACGUCGGCAUCAGGAAGGCCUGUCGUUUCUCCAAGAGUGUGCUGGGACCCUGCUCCGGCAUCGAGGAUCGAGAGUUCGGUUUUAAGGAGGGCAAGCCCUGCCUGGUUGUGAAGCUCAACAGGAUUGUCAACUUUCGUCCAAAGCCUCCUACCUCUAAUGAAAGCAUCCCUGAAGAGGCUCAACCCAAAGUGCAGCCCAAUGUCAUCCCCAUCUACUGCACCAACAAGAGAGAGGAGGAUGCCGGUAAAAUCGGAGAGAUUAAGUACUACGGUAUCGGCGCCGGCUUCCCCAUGCAGUAUUACCCGUACUACGGCAAGCUGCUGCACCCUCAGUACUUGCAGCCGCUGGUGGCGCUGCAGUUCACCAACCUGACCAUGAACACUGAACUGCGCAUCGAGUGCAAAGUGUACGGAGACAACAUCGACUACAGCGAAAAGGACCGCUACCAGGGACGUUUUGACAUCAAGUUAACGAUUAAUAGUUUAUGACCGUCGUCAGGACCAUAGCACUUUCCCUGGCCACCCCUCCCCCUCUGCCCCCUUUGUCCUUAACUAAAUACAAAUGUAAUGUAGGAGAUUAUAAGUAAGGGGGGAUAGUCUGUAGCGGUUAAGUCAAUCACAAAUAGUCUUGAAUGAAUAAAUGACAGAAAAUACCUGAUAGGGGACCGGUGUGUAAUCUUGUCUGCUUCCAUCACUAGCUUCUACACUUCAAUCUAGCGUUGUGUUGUAAUUGUAGAGGAAAAGUAGCAAUAUGCCUAAUAAAAAUAUUUAUUCAGCUGUAAAUGAGACUUUUCCCCAAGCCAUGGGACAUUGUUCAUUGAUGACUGUAAAGUUAAAUUCCAUCUCUGACGUGUAGCGAGCCGUGUUUGUCCCCUCUGCAUAUCGCUGCCUUGUGUGGUUCCACUAGAUAUUUUUGGAGUGUGCAUUGCUUCCAAAAUCUGGUCCUUCCAAACCACGCAGUUCCUCAUUUUCUUCUGUGAGCAAGCUUUUAGCAGUUCUAGGCGUGUGUGUGUGUGUGUGUGUGUGUGAACACACACUCCCAUUUACUUAAUGAUUGACACUAGUACACUCUUCUGAUCUGUAAGGAAAAGGCUGCACUCCAGGGAACUUCUUUCCUCUUUUUAUUCGUCUUUUACAUCUGAUCACGGGAGACUCUUUUUACUUUGCCUUUUUUUUCGCUUUGUUGAAUGAUUUAAAUGUGUGAAGGGGUUUUAUUACUUGGUUUCAUGCCUUUUACUUUUGAUUUUGCCUUUUCUAUGUAGUUGUGUGUCCAGCCUGUUAGACACUUGGGCCUGCUGUAUGGGCAACGGUGCUAACUCAAGUUUUAAGAAGAUUUUUAUUUUUCGCUGGAUUCAUCGCCGCAUUGUGGUGUAACUCUCUGAAUGUUUUAGCCAUUAAACGUGGUGGAAUAAUUUUAUAUUUAUGCAGUUGUACAUUUUGUUUCUUUGCAGAAUAUUGUAAUGUAUAAAUGCAAUACCAAAGUGACGAGUUGAAGAGUAUCAGAAGUAAUGCAGUACUCGUGUUUUUGGAUCUCAUCAUGUUAAGUGCUAAAGUCAAUGUCUCGCCUUGCAACCUCAGUGGUUAACUCAUGAUUUGUGUUUUGGCCAUGAAUGUAGUUGGGUGUAGAAGGAACAGCUCUCAGGCGUUUAAUUCCAAACGACCUGAUUUCAUGCAUUUUAAAAUAAGAUGAGUUCUUCCAGCACUCCGUGGCUUUAGAUGAUUAAUGAUGUUUGCUUUAAUAUCCCAUAGGAUCUCAUGUUGAUGUAAAACACUCGACUUGAACUUAAACAUCAGUCAACCUUCCAUCAGUUUAUCCAGCUUUUGUCAUUUAAUCAAAGAUAGAAACAAAUAAAAAAUCCUAAUGAACCUA